AAGCGCCUGAAACCCACAUUAGCGGGAAUUUGACGGUUUGUUUUCAGAAAGAAGUUUGCAUUUGAACAAAAUCAUUGAAUAUUUUUGACUAAAACGUUUAUUUUAAUACUCCGAUACUUUCACUCCACUCUCCGGACACUGAAAGGCAUCGUGUCGCCAUGACUCAGAGAAAGAGGACGUCCAACACUCAGAGUAAGAAAACCCCGGGUCCCGCUGCGACUCAGGAGGAAGACGACGACCAGACGUUCACUCAGCCGAGCACCACGCAGGUCCAGAGAGGGCUGGAGAAGCUCACACCGGCUCAGGUCGACCAGAAGACAGCUGAGGUGGUGCAGUUCUUCUUGGUGAAGGAUCAGAAGAAGAUUCCUGUUCGCCGAGCAGAUCUUGUGAAACAUGUGGUGAAGGAGUACAGAAACAUCUACCCUGAGAUCAUGAAGAGAGCAGCACGAAUCUUUGACCAGGUAUUCGGCCUUAAAAUGAUUGAAAUUGACGCCAAAAAUCACAUGUACAUACUCAUCAAUAAGUUGGAGACGGUUGAGGGAGCGUCGCCGAUCACCAACCCGACCAACCCAAAGAUGGGUCUGCUGUUUGUCAUCCUGAGUGUUAUCUUCAUGAAAGGAGGAGUUGUUGGAGAAAACCUCGUCUGGAAGACGCUGAAGAACCUCAAAGUCGACGUCGGAGAGAAACACGAGGAGUUUGGUGACGUAAAGAAGGUGGUCACUGACGAGUUUGUGCGUCAAAGGUACCUGGAGUAUACACGGAUCCCCCACACAGAGCCGAUAGAGCACGAGUUUCAUUGGGGUCAACGUGCUGAGGUGGAGGUUUCCAAAUCAAAGAUCCUGGUGUUCAUGGGGGAGCUCCAUGAGCAGGACCCUCAGAGCUGGAGUCUGCAGUACCAAGAGGCUCACAGCUCCAGCUCCGCGCAGCCCAGCACCAGCAGCCAGAGAUAACUUUUAUAGUAUUACCUUUUUCAUUUGAAAUGAUGGUGCUGAAAGACAGAAGCUACAUCUGUGCCACCAUGUGUUUUGUAUGCAGUUUUGCAAAGCCUUGGAGUCCGUUUAAACUCAGUCAAAUCCAAUCCUAGUUCUAUUUAAUAUUUUAUAUAUUUGUAUGUUCAUACGUUACCUUUGUAGGCUGUUGAGUUUCAAUUUCAUUUUUAAAUAGGAUCACACACAAUAUUCAGGUUUCCAUUUUUGUUUUUAUUGUCUGUACUUUGAAAAGGUACCAGUUAUUUGUUCAUGUUCAGAAAAUAAAAGAUUUUAUGUUUGAUCAA